CACUGAAGUAAUAGCACUAAUUCAAAUACUCAAUUUAAACAACACAAUUAUAAUGUUAAAAUUAUUCGAAUUGAGAGGCGUAGUUGCUGCGCUCUUGCUAUCAAGUUACGUUUUAGCCGAAGGCGGCGAAGUGUACAAAUGUACCGACGGAAUAUGGCUGCAAAGUAAAAGCACCUGCUAUUCCGAUCUGAGGUCCGCAUUUGAUGCGGCUAACUCCAACACAGUAGACACUAUCUAUGUCACCGGUGAGAUCACUGUAGACAAUGAAAUACCAGUAAGGCAGUCCACUAAUGUUAUCGGACAGAAGUGUGGGGGGUAUAUGGCGAAAGUGUUCUCAGGUUUUAACGAAAAUGAGGACGCUAUCUUCAGAAUGGUAGGUUCGUCAGGCGAUAAACUGUUAGUCAAAGAUAUAACCUUUGAGAAUCGAGGUGGGGGUCACUCGCGCUGCAUACGCUCGGACGAGUACGAUGUUAACGAGAAGGAAGCCAGAGACGAUCGAUUCACCAAAGACAGUGCGUAUAGUCUCGAGAUUGACAAUUGUAGGCUGCGCUACUUUGAUAGCAAGGCCAGGGGUGGGGCUGCUAUAUUCCUACAAGCUGUUGAGAGUGUAGUUAUAAAGAACUCUGAUUUCGAACACAACCACGUGACGGUACCAGACACGGGGGAUGAGGAGAGGUUUGGUGGAGGUGGUACACUUUGGUUCCAGGAACUAAGAAGAUCCACCAAUUACAUUCUUAUUGAAGACAGCACAUUCCUCAACAACUCCAUGGAGUUCGAGCAUGGUUUGGGAGGGGCGUUCUUUGUGGGCAACUGCUUAGGACAGGUGGAUAUAGUCGACAGCACAUUCCUGGAGAAUAUUGCUAGCGAUGGAGGUGCCGUACACAUUGCGCGUGUGGGAAUUACGACUACCGUAAACAUUGAUGGGAGGUUUGAACGCAACCAAGCGCGAGAGCAGGGUUGGGGUAGUCGUGCGGCGGCACGAGAUUCAAAUAAUUAUGCGUCAAAUGGGAGAGGUUUAGUCGCUAAUAAUCGAGCCUCCGGUGAUGCGGUGGUUACAUUUGCUGGUACUUUUAUUAAUAACCGUGUAGACUCAUCGAGUAUAUUCGACUCUAGCAAGCUAUUCCAGGGCACACUCGUCGUUAAGAAGGGGACUAAAUUUCAGGGUAAUGUACCAGGUAGAGGUAUCAAGCUGUCGAACUCUAGUACAAAAUUAUAUGUGCAACAAAGCGAAAUCAACAACAGCAAGGCGGACCUUGUAUAUAGAGUAGAUUAA